GGGGAGGAAGCAGCCACUUCGGAAAGGGCUCUCUCGCUGCAAGCGCUGCGCUCUCCGAGGCAAUUACCUUUAACGCAGAUUAGAGUGUGCAAAUUGAGCCCUUUGAGAGGAGAAGGGCAGCAGCAGCCGCAGCAGCAGCAGCCAAGGAGCCUCGCUCCCUCGCUUGAUUUCCCAGUUCCCCCCUCCUUCCCUCCUUCCCUCAAUUGCAGCUUGAGUUCCUGGCCCCUGAGAGACGGCGGCGAGGGAGCCAAGGCAGGCAGAGGAGGCUUUUGUAUCCGCAAAGCGCUUGGCUUCUUCCGAGGGAAGAGGAGGAGGAGGAAGGGGGGGCAGCUGGGUCAGGGCCGAAGAAGGCGCCUCUCGGAGCUCCAGCCAGCAGCCGAGCUCCUCCUGCCUGGAGAGCCCCCGCGGAGCCCCUCCUCCGGACCCUGAGAUGAUGGUGCUAGACAAGGAGGACGGCGUGCCAAUGUUAUCCGUACAACCGAAGGGGAAGCAAAAGGGCUGUGCUGGCUGCAAUCGUAAGAUCAAGGACCGAUACCUCCUGAAGGCCUUGGAUAAGUACUGGCAUGAAGAUUGUUUAAAGUGUGCCUGUUGUGACUGCCGCCUCGGAGAGGUUGGAUCAACACUUUAUACAAAGGCAAAUCUCAUUCUCUGCCGCAGAGAUUACCUGAGGCUCUUUGGAACCACUGGGAAUUGUGCUGCCUGCAGUAAGCUGAUCCCUGCCUUUGAGAUGGUGAUGAGGGCCAGAGAUAAUGUUUACCACUUGGACUGCUUUGCCUGUCAGCUUUGCAACCAGAGAUUUUGCGUGGGGGACAAGUUUUUCCUGAAGAACAACAUGAUCUUGUGUCAGAUGGACUAUGAGGAGGGGCAACUGAAUGGAAGCUUUGAACCCCAAGUUCAAUAACACACCCUGCUUUGCUGAAACACUGUGGGAUGGACGUUCACCUGCACUAAUAGUGACGGGCGUCUGUCAGCUUGCCUGCAAUAUUUUUUUAAUUCUUGGUCCAAAAGGACUGAAUACAUUGUAGUAUUUCCCACACACACAAAACACAAAGCAGUUACAAUUUUAGAUGUACAGUCGUGCCUGCUUAGCUGAGCACUGCAUUGCCUGUAUGUUUGUGAGGUUUUGGGGGGGUUUUGGGGGAGGGCUCUGUACAGUUUGUUUUUUCUGUAUAUAAACUGGAACAUUUAUUUUAUGAAAAAUGUAAUGC